CCAAACUCUGCGCUUAUACAUACAGCGGAGUUUCCCAUUGGAUUAUUAAGGUAAGGUAGGAUCAUCACUUGCCGGUAACAACGCAACAAUCGCGGAUGUAAUAAAUAAAUCCUCCGAGAAAAAUUGAAUAAUUAUAAGCCAUCGGACUAAAAUUUAACUGUUCCACCAGGAAUUGAAUUAGCUUGGGAAUGAAAUUGACAUUGAAUUUUUAACACUUCUGUUGAUUGAGAUUAUUUCAUUCGCUAAAUACAGCUGUCAAAACCAGCGUUUGAUUGGAAUUUUAUUUCCGAAGCAACAUGCCUCCCCAACUCAGUGGAAAAGCUGUUAAAAAGGCUGGCAAAGCUCAGAAAGCUGUUAGAGCUGGUGACAAAAAACGCAGGAAGAAGAAGAGGAAGGAAAGUUUCAGUAUUUACAUAUAUAAGGUCCUGAAGCAGGUCCAUCCGGACACUGGCAUCUCGAGCAAGGCCAUGUCCAUCAUGAACAGCUUCGUCAAUGACAUAUUUGAACGCAUUGCCGCCGAAUCUUCUCGCCUGGCCCACUACAACAAGCGGUCAACUAUCACUAGCCGAGAGGUACAGACCGCUGUCCGGCUGCUCUUGCCCGGCGAACUGGCCAAACACGCGGUAUCCGAAGGCACCAAAGCUGUUACCAAAUAUACUAGUUCAAAAUGAAAGACAUACCUUUGCCGCGAUGUGCCCGUCUAUUAAUUAUUUCCUAACUCAUGCCACGUGAAUUAAAAUGCAUUUGGAGAUAUGAUGUGAUUUUUUUUAAAAAAUAAAUGAUAAGGUGGUACAAAAUAUGCAGUUUUUCGAUUUUCACGGGAUCUUACUAACUUUGCAAUGUCCCCUUUGCGGGGAAUUGUAAAACAUGCAAUUUUUGCCAUUAUUUGUGGUGAUAAAAAAAAGUCAAGAAACCUCAAUUAUGACUUCUUUUUUUUCUUUUUACUUAAAUACUUUUGUUCUCUUGUUAUAUAUUUCAUCAACGUGUGAAAUACCAUUUACUUUGUGUUCAUUUAAAUUUGAUUCGUUGUAAUUUAUAUCUGACAGGUAUACAAUGUUCAACUUGCUGGGAGUUACGAAAAUAAUAAUAAAUAAUGUAGAUAUGCAGUUUCUACCACUUUUUGUAACGAUAAAAUAAUGCAAUUUUUUGAUCCACGAAAAUUUAAAUUUUGGCAGAAAUGUUUUACUUUAAUAUUUUUGUUUUCGCAGUUUUAUGUAUUUCCAAUUGUAACUAAUUUCCUAUAAUUCUUAUAACUUUUUUGUGAUGAUGAAAUAAUACAAUUUCUUUUCUCAUGAAAA